CUCCUCCUCCUCCCGCUGCCGGAAGCAGUUUCUCCGGAGUUUGGCAGCCGCAGGUCUCGGUCGGUGAAGACACAUCCACACUUUGUGUCCCCAGCCCCGUGGCCACGCCGGGACAAGGCGCCUCUCUGACGGGGAGCCACAGCUCAGAGAGUCGGUGAGACCCGGGGCUCGUGUCCGGCUCGUCCCGCCCUCGGUGGCACUUGGAGCCGUGUUGUCGUGGCCGGUUCCCCGGAGGCUCGGAGCUGGUCCCCGGUUGUCCCCGGGACGGGAGUUUGUCCCCGGUUGUCCCCGGGACGGGAACUUGUCCCCGGGACGGGAGCUUGCUCGUCGGAGCGGAACUUGCUGCCGUCGUGGAGGAGUCUCACCUGGAGGAGUCUCUGCAGCCGGACCUGGAGCAGCCGGACCUGGAGGAGUCUCUUCAGCCGGACCUGGAGCGGGGACCGCGGGCACGGACCGGGGCAGACACCGACCCAACACCCCGACCCUGUGGAGUGAAUGAGGCCAACACGGACCUAGCGCCGAGCCGAGCCGAGCCAGACCGUGCCAUGCCAGUCCGAAAGAAAGAUGCCCAGCGGGCGCUGCUGCUGCUGGAGGAGUACCGGGCCAAGCUGAACCACACCGAGGACCGGCAGCUCCGACUCUCCAUCCAGAGGGUCAUCGACAUCUUCCAGAGCAACCUGUUCCAGGCUCUCAUAGAUAUCCAGGAGUUUUACGAAGUGACCUUAUUGGACAGUCAGCGAUGGGCAGAGUCUUCCAAGGGGGCGGACCCCAUGGCGCCCGUCAACCUGUGGGACUUCUCCAGCCUUCAAAGCACCACAGUGACCUCGGACACUCUGCCCAGCCUUAGUACCAGCAUCGAGAAGUACAGGCACCAGGAUGAGGACUUGUCCCCCCAGGACCAGAGCUCCGCCCAGCUGACGGAGGAGGGGGGGCCCGAGCUGGUCCAGGUCGCAGAGAAGAACCUUUCCCAGAUCGAGAAUGUGCACGGCUACGUCACCCACGCUCACAUCUCGCCCAUGAAGCAGGCCGAGGCCCCGCCCUCCUCCUCCAUAAUCCCUGUGAUCCCAAUCUCGCCAAUCCCAGCCGAGACCACCAUCAUCCCUCCGACGUCACAGGCCAACCCUCCUCCUGUGGUGGUGAACACGGACAGCCUGGACACGCCUCCACACGUCAACGGGACGGAGGCCGACUACGAGUACGAGGAGAUCACACUGGAGAGGGGCAACUCGGGGCUGGGCUUCAGCAUCGCCGGCGGCACGGACAACCCCCACAUCGGUGAAGACCCCAGCAUCUUCAUCACCAAGGUCAUACCUGGAGGGGCCGCCGCCCAGGAUGGACGGCUCAGGGUGAAUGACGUCAUCCUGAGGGUGAACGAGGCAGAUGUUCGGGAUGUGACCCACAGCCGGGCGGUGGAGGCCCUGAAGGAAGCUGGUUCUCUGGUCCGACUCUACGUCCGCCGGAGGAAGCCGGUCUCUGAGAAGGUGAUGGAGCUCAAACUGGUGAAAGGACCUAAAGGACUCGGCUUCAGCAUAGCAGGCGGCGUGGGGAACCAGCACAUCCCGGGCGACAACAGCAUCUACGUCACCAAGGUCAUCGAAGGCGGAGCCGCACACAAAGACGGGCGGCUGCAGAUCGGAGACAAGCUUCUGGCGGUGAACAGCGCCUGCCUGGAGGAGGUGAGCCACGAACACGCCGUCACUGCCUUGAAAAACACUCCUGACGUGGUCUACUUGAAAGUGGCGAAACCCAACAGUGUCUUCAUGAACGACAGCUUCGCCCCCCCCGACCUCACCAACUCGUACUCGCAGCACGUGGACAAUCAUAUCAGCCCCCCCGCCUUCCUGGGCCAGACGCUGCCCCCCCCGGCGUCGUCUGGACGCUACUCCCCGACCCCCAAGAGCAUGCUGGGAGACGAUGAUGUCACACGGGAGCCGAGGAAGGUGGUGCUGCACCGCGGAGCCACGGGCCUGGGCUUCAACAUCGUGGGGGGGGAGGAUGGAGAGGGGAUCUUCAUCUCCUUCAUCCUGGCAGGAGGACCGGCCGACCUCUGUGGAGAGCUGAGGAAGGGAGACCGACUUGUCUCAGUGAACGGAGUGGAUCUCCGUAACGCCACCCACGAGCAGGCCGCCGCCGCCCUGAAGAACGCCGGACAGACGGUGACCAUCAUCGCCCACUACAGACCGGAGGAGUACAGUCGCUUCGAGGCCAAGAUCCACGACCUGAGGGAGCAGAUGAUGAACAGCAGCAUCAGUUCUGGAUCCGGAUCUCUGCGGACGAGUCAGAAGAGGUCGCUGUACGUCAGAGCUCUGUUUGACUACGAUAAGACCCGGGACUCCGGCCUGCCGAGUCAGGGACUGAACUUCAAGUUCGGAGACAUCCUGCACGUGGUCAACGCCUCGGACGACGAGUGGUGGCAGGCCCGGCAGCUGACGGCCCAGGGGGAGGUGGAGGAGGUGGGGGUCAUCCCCAGCAAGAGACGCGUUGAGAAGAAGGAGCGAGCGAGACUAAAGACGGUGAAGUUCAACGCCAAGUCCCGAGAGCGAGGGCAGUCUCUCAAUGACAAGCGUAGAAAGAACCUCUUUUCCCGAAAGUUUCCGUUCUACAAGAGCAAAGAGGCGAGUGAGCAGGAGACCAGCGAUGUCGACCAACAUGUGACGUCUAACGCCAGCGACAGUGAGAGCAGCUACCGUGGACAGGAGGAGUACGUGUUGUCGUACGAACCCGUCGUUCAACAGGAAGUGAGCUACACCCGACCCGUCAUCAUCCUCGGACCCAUGAAGGAUCGCAUCAACGACGACCUCAUCUCCGAGUUCCCAGACAAAUUUGGAUCCUGCGUCCCGCAUACGACCCGGCCGAAGCGCGACUACGAGGUGGACGGCAGAGAUUAUCACUUCGUGGUGUCCAGGGAGCAGAUGGAGAAAGACAUCCAGGACCACAAGUUCAUCGAGGCCGGGCAGUACAACAGCCACCUGUACGGGACCAGCGUGCAGUCGGUGCGAGAGGUGUCGGAGAAGGGUAAACACUGUAUCCUGGACGUGUCGGGGAACGCCAUCAAGAGACUCCAGCUCGCUCAGCUUCACCCCAUCGCCAUCUUCAUCAAACCCAAAUCAGUGGAGAACAUCAUGGAGAUGAACAAGCGCCUGACGGAGGAGCAGGGACGCAAAACCUUCGACCGAGCGUCCAAGCUGGAGCAGGAGUUCACCGAGCAUUUCACAGCGGUCGUGCAGGGCGACACUCUGGAGGAGAUCUACGAUCAGGGGAAGCAGAUCAUCGAGGAGCAGUCCGGUCCGUUCAUCUGGGUUCAGUCCAAGGAGAAGUUGUGAAGAUCGAACGCUCCUCCUCCUCUUCCUCCUCUUCUUUACAUUCUGUUGUUUUAUUUUGAAAAGGACAGAAUCCCCCCUACCCCCCCACAAUCCCCCCCUUGCCUGAAUCGCAUUUCGUGGUUAAGUCUCCUGACCAGCAGAGUAAAGCACACAGGAAGUGACAUCACACUCAACACGGUACGUGGAGGAGACGAAGACGAUUGGAUCUUUUCUUUCUUUGUGUUUUUUUUUCCCUUUUCUCUCGAUGGACAGAGUUCCGUCUCCGGCUGAGACACAAAAAGCAAAACUUUGCACGUUCGAGCUUUAACAGCAUGUUGAUCUCCCGUUUAUUUCCCAUCAGCCCCGUCACCUCGGCGCCGGACACAGUCUCCUCCUCCUCGCUGCUCCGCUCAUCUUUUCCUUUUUCCUUUUGACACUUGAGUCGAUUAAAGACGAGUUCCACUCUCCUCUCGGCUGCUGGACGUUUGUCAGGAACCUGCAGGGUUCUGCUCCGCCGCCAGGGGGCGCUACCGUCUUAUUCCAACAAAUGUCUGAUUUCAUUUCAUCAAGUCUGAUUUUAAACUUUGUCGUAAAAAUAUUCUGAAAAUUACAAAACAAAUGACAUCAUAAGACCAAAAUAAAUUCUUGUGAUUUGAACAUUUUCUCAUAAUUAAAGAAUACAAAUAAAUGAAAACCGUCUCGGAAUUAAAAAAAAUAAUAAGCAGAAGCAAACAAGAAAAAUCAUGACAAUUUUCUCACGAUUCAAAUCAUUAAGAGAAUAAUUUUAUAAUACAAUGUAAACAUCAGAUUUUAAAUCUUUUACAAACUCACAGAAAACGAUUAAAUUAAUAUAUAUUUUUUAUAGUGAAGUCGAUGAUGAACAAAUGAUUUAGAUUUAAAUCAAACUUUCAUUAUUUUGAAACUUUUCAGUCUCACUUCAACUAAAAGAUUUUUUUAUUUCAGUGUCGUCUCAUUUCAAUAGCAGCGCCCUCUGGUGGCGGGAGUUCGAACCCUGCGGCGCCCGGUCAGUGUCUUACCAUGGCAACGCUGUCGAUCAUGUGACGUGUGGGCGGGGCCUGGACACGAGCUGCCACUCCAGGUGUGGGAGAAACGUGCAGACGAUUAUUGUACAAUGAGAUUUUCAGAUAUUUAACCCUCGGUAAACUGCCUAUUUUGUUAUAAUAAAAAUCUAUAUUGAACUUUACUUAAGCACUACUACUACGGGAAUUAUUUUCUUUGCAUUGUUAAUCAUAUGAAUAGAAAAGUAUAAAGAUAUUUGAAUAUGAAUAUAUAUUUUUCUUUGUCUUCGAUCACCACCUCCUCUGUCUUUUAAUUUUCUUUUUUAAACAUAAUAAAACUUAACAAGAAAACAAAGUGAA